CAUAGCAACGUUACGCUGCGCCAAAUUUCAGGAGUUUGUGAUCUGCGUUUCAAAGAUGGGAGAUUCACCUCGGGCUGGCUCAUUCAGGAAUAACGGAUCAGAUGGUUCAGGGUCUGGAAAGAAGGUCACGACCCUUGACCCAUUGGGUGAAGAAGAUGGAGGCUCUGAUAGUGAGAGUGAAGAUGAGUUUGCAGCUGCAAAGGCCGCCGCUCAAGCAGAGACAAACAAAUUUGAGAUGCUGUGUGAUGGGGUACUCAACUCCAUUGCACUGGUCCAGGCAGCCUUGGCAGAGUUCCUAAAUCUGAAGGAUGAGCUGCUUCUCCAUGCUCUGCCUCCGUCCUUGAUGGCCAGACUCACCAUGAUAGCUGGAAGACUAUUCAGAAGUACCACCGACCUGUACACACCCACCUCAGAGCUAGUGCGGCUGGUCCGUGUCUACUCUGGUUCCUGGGAAGAGAAGAGUCUGGCCUUGAAGAAGCUUCAUGCUGACUAUGAAAGCAAACAUAAGCAGCUGAAUAUCGCCAUCAGGAGGUUACAGCUGGCUGAUGCACAGGCCAAGCGCAUCGAACAUGAGAAGCGUAUCAUGAACUGGGAGAAACUGUUUGCCAAACUGACGAGCAGCCGUGGCCAUGGACGACGCUGGCGCUUUCUCAUCGACAACUUCAAGCAGAAAGCCAGACUUGGAAUGGAGCAUCUACAUGCCUACAUCGAUGAACUUGACCGAGAAGAGGAUUCAGACAAUGAAGAUGAGGAAGACGGGAAGAAGGAUGAUUCCAUCAGCCACACCUCCGGCAACGAGUUUGACAUCAGCUCGUCUGAUGAGCUGGAGUUCACUGAGGAGGAUUCCGAAGAUGAAGAGGAGGAUGCAAGCACAGCGAGAGCAACAGCGCAGACUGGCCACACCCAGCAAGACAUCGAUAGUGACAUGGUCACACCAGCCAGCAAGAAAGUGAAGUUCCGGAGAAGGUCCAAGCAAGGGUUGAGUGGAGAGGAGGGAGAGAAGGGGACCAAACAAGAAAUAGUCCCACCAGCAACGAUAGUUGAACCACAGACAGUCUAUAUAGAGGUACCGGCACCCAAACCUCCCUCAGCAGACAAGGUUGUCUGGACACAUGAGCCAGAGUAUGACUACACUCUCAACAUCAGACUGUACAAGCCAACUGGACUGGAUCACAAGGAUCUCAAGUGCAGCGUCAACUUCAUGAAGAAGUUCCUGAGGACGGAAGUCUUUGAUGACAAAAAUGGAGGCAGUGGAAAAUCACCCUUGAAGUCAGCACUGAAACCUAAAUCCAUGAUUGGUUCCAAAGGAUCAUCGGCAGCCAGCAGAAAAGAUUCCAGUGCUAAUGGAGGUGACGGGGACAAGACAAAAGCACCCCCAGAUACAAACUUUCAUGACGUUGCCAUUCCCAUUGGCGACCAGCCAAUACGACAUGACACUGAGCUGAAAAAGCAAGGAGAGGAGUUGGGCCAGGAGGCAGCAGAAAAGUCUGACGCAGGCACAGCCACACCAGCAAGCUCUAGCCAAUCACGGCCAGUCUCAUCAGCAGAGGAACCAAUGAGGAUUGCAGUGCAUUCUGGGAUACUGGAAGAUAUGGUUGCCAUGGGAUCAGUUGGUAUGGAGGACCUCCACAGCAUGGAAAUUGAAAUCAUUGAAGAGGCUGACAAGUUGAAGGAUCUUCGGCCUUCCUCUUUCCCUCUCUACCCGAUCAGUACAAGUCACAAGGACCGAGGGAGUGCCCCUGUAUCCUGUGGUAACAUCCCCAUUGCUUUCUACUACACCAGGGUCCAUCGACCAUUCGUACAUGAUAAAGAAACAGAGUCGGAGUCAGUAACUGACAUUGUGCUGGAUCUCACCGGCGUGGACCUGAGGAAGAUGAAGAAAGAAGACUUGUCAAUCAACAAAAGCUACGAGGAGAGAUGUCUGUCAGCUCUGUCGAUCGUUUCCAGUGUGUCCUCGGAAAAACCAGAGAUGGUUCCCAGAGCUGAAGUAGACAUCCUUGUUGAACAGCACAAUCAAGAACUGACCCUUAUACAGGACGAAUAUGAGCAAAGAUUGAAUGAGUUGGCCAGGAACCUUGAGCAGCUUCAGAAUGAACAGCUCAACUCUUUGUUAAAUCCUCAGAAAUCCACUGAUGGUCACCGUCGCAACAUGACCUCACCCCUUGCUGGUUGGACAACCGACAGCAGGAUCACCAAGUCAACAUCCGCUAAAGAGCUCAGAGCGGUCAAGAGUAGAGGUAGGCGACCUGCCAAUCUACCCAACUGGGGCAGUGACUUGCCCAAAGAUUUCUUUGAGCGCCUGAAGUUAUUCUCAGAGGAAAGUGAGAUCAGACGAAGACAGCUGAUCGAGAGAACAAAGAGCGAUAUGGAGGAUCGUAUCGUUAAGCAGCUAGCCGGCCAGUACAGGAUAAAUCUGCAAAAUGAGAGCAACGCUGACGCUAGCAAAGAAGUGUGUCUUCCAGCCAUCUUUAUGCCCACCAAAACAGGUCAACUUUACAAUCCAAGGGCUCAUUCCUACUUCCAUCCGACUGGAUCUUUAGGACAGCUGCGUCUUACCCAACCACCAUCUAUGUUCCAGCUGCCUCCAUUACCAAAUAAAAAUAGGGUGUCAGUGAUCAACCUGUUUGACAUCCGUAAGAACUUUGAGCAGCGUGCGGUUGGAGGGGGCGGAGACUGGUCCCAGAUGAGUGCUCGGAGCAGCCCCACCCAUAUGUCACAGCCCAAUACGCCCCUGCCCUCCAAUAUGGGAGACACUCACGCUAGGUAUACAUCAGAGACAGCCAGACCUCUCACUGAGUGAACCGUUUGACCCUGAGAUGUAAUAGGGAAGCAAGCCUCAGGUUUGUUUUGUCUCAAUGCUGUAUUCAUAAUCACUGGUACAUUCACAAAAUUGAAAUUAUUAUUCUCUGUACAAUAUUUUUAUCAUUCCAUUGGGUACUUCAGCAACAGUGACUGAAGUAUGGUUGUGGGCUGUAGGUUUAUGAUGUACUUCUAGCCAGAGCAGAUAACAUCACACUAGGUACAACCCCAGUUUCCAUAAAUAAAAUACCGAGCAAAUAUAGCAUUUCCCCUAAUAUGUGGUAUUUAAUAACUUUUGCCAUGUUCAGGCUGUAGUUUUAUACUUCCUAUUAGCCAAAGAGUUAAAAAAAAACUGUGAAAAAGAAUCCAGACUUUGUUCUCAAAUUAAGAGUCUCUACUUUAAGUCCUGCUUAAAAGUACUUCCCAUUUAAGCUAUUUGUAUUUUCAACAUCGUGUCAUUAACCUCUGAUGACUUUGAUAAACUUCAAGGUGGUCAAAUUUCACAGCAAAAGUUACAUUGUGUUUCUGGGUUUGGUUUUUUUGGCAGAAUUGCGGAAAAAGGCCACAAUAAAGUCAGACCUAGGGUUUAGUCAAUACAAAGCCACUCCAGAGCAGAGGUGGCAGCAAGUCAUAUUUUGCAAGUCCAAGUCAAGUCACAAGUCAAUUUUUGCAAGUCCAAGUCAAAUCACAAGUCAAAGCAGGUAUUUACAAGUCAAUUCACAAAAAUAGCAACUCGAGUUCAAGUCACAUGACUUGAGUCACCAGCUCUGCUCCAGAGUUAUUUCAAGUUGAUACCAGGAUUAAAGUAACAGGGAUUUCACAGUGAAAGGGGAAUGCCUUUGUGAUCAUCAUUCUGAACCAAACUGAGUGGCAUGACACAGUCGAUCAAAAGAAAUUGCAUUGUGUAAAGUAAGGAUCUAAAAGUCUCAUGUGGAUAAAUUUUAUUUAUACAGCGGUUUCAUACACAGUAAACAUUUACGCCAGCAAACUUUGGACAAGCAAGCGUUUGGACCACCUCUAGGCUAAACCAAAAAAAAAAAAAACCACACCCACCAAGCGCAGUACAGUAAUAGAGUGUAGCUAUAUGACAGCCUAUGACAACAAUAUUGACAGAGAAGGAAGACUGAAUAUUCAAAUUUAUGUAAAGAAGUUUUAGCAUUGUGAAUGGGGAUCAGAUAACACAUCGCCAACUUGUAGAGGUGUGGAGCAUAUGCACUGUACCUUCCCAAUAAUUCUAUUUUGUUAUCUAAAUUGGUUGCAUUUAAGAGGAGUGUAUUUUUGUAUAUUUGUAUUAUAGUUUUCAUUAGGAAACAACUGAAGAAAAUGUCAGUUUUUGUGAUGGAAAAUGUGUUUUAUCCGCUUCAGUAUAUAAAAGGGUGGGGUCAUCUUUCCUUUUUUAAAAUUAAGUGUAAUGUAGGGGAUCUCCCUUAUCAUCCCCAGGCAUUAUCAUAUUUGUUCACCCCUAGUCAUUGAUCACUUGAAACUGAUCAAGUCAUUGCGGUGAUCCUGGUUUGAUUGGAUCCAUGGUGGGAAAAAUAAAACACCUGCCUCUCUGUGAUAUCAGGAGAUAGAAAUUGUGGCGGAAAAAGCCCCCCCCCCGUCUCCGUUACAAUUUAUAGAUGUUCUUUAUGUCCUAGGUGUGCGUUGGUGCAAAGUCAGUGUUAUUGAGACCCCUGAGGACUAUCAGAAAAUCUAUACGAAGACUUCAAUUCUGAACUUUAACUUACAUAAAUACCAUAGAGGAAGGACACAGAGGAAUUUUGAACUGUCCGGGCUGUAACAUCUGGCCAAUUACCGCUUUCUGGCAUGCCUGGCAUGUCCAUAGCCAGAGCGCAGCGGACGCUUGCUACGCACCAUCUGUUUCACACCCACGAAAUCCCUUUGUACCCUGUGAUCGCCGCCGCAAUUUGUGGAUGGUAAUCUGCAUCCUUAAAACUUCGUGUACUGAGGUAUAGGAAAUUGAAUAUUCAUGCAAUUUGUUGGCGCUUGGUAUAAUCUCAUGACAACAUCAAAUUUAAUGCUUGCGCAGUUGGUUGCAUUAUGCUGUGUGCCCUAAAUCUAUAUGUGCAGU